AAGAUAAGGAAGUAAUAAAUGUCAAUCUUAACAUUUAUCAUAGUUUAGAUUUGUCGUGGUCGACAGCCAGUGCGUUUCACCAUGGCAAAAUCUAGUGUCGAUUUACCCGAUAUUGAAAAUAUCCUCGCUUUAAAUCCCCGCGUGCGUUCCCAAUCAAAUUUUAUGCCAUCUGCUGCAACUAAAAUAAAUAAAAAACACUGGAAACGAAACGCAGACCGAAAGUGUCAGACUUGUCCAGACCUUGAAAACGACUUCUUUGAUAUUAAACCAACAACACUCAGCGAAAGAGGUGCCUUGAAAGAAGCUGCAAGAUGUUUAAAAUGUGCCGAUGCUCCAUGUCAAAAAUCUUGCCCAACACAACUCGACAUCAAAUCUUUUAUCACAAGCAUUGCCAAUAAAAAUUAUUAUGGAGCUGCUAAGGCGAUAUUUUCGGAUAAUCCUCUGGGAAUCACCUGCGGCAUGGUCUGUCCCACUAGUGACCUCUGUGUGGGAGGAUGUAAUUUACAUGCAUCUGAAGAAGGAUCCAUAAAUAUCGGGGGUUUGCAACAAUUUGCUACAGAAGUUUUUAGCAAAAUGGGUGUUAAGCAAAUUAGGGAUCCUCAAACACCGACACCCAAAAAUUCGACAGCGAAAAUUGUUCUACUGGGGGCUGGACCGGCCUCCUUGUCGUGUGCAACAUUUUUGGGACGACUGGGAUAUGAUAAUAUCACUAUCUACGAAAAACAAGAUUUCGUAGGGGGAUUAAGUACUUCUGAAAUUCCGCAAUAUCGUUUGCCUAUCUCCGUGGUUAAUUUUGAAAUCCAACUGGUAAAAGAUUUGGGCGUAAAAAUAGAAACUGGUCGAAGUCUUUCAAAACAAGAUAUAACUUUGGAAAAGCUCUUAAAAGACACUAAGGCAGUUUUUGUUGGUAUAGGUUUACCACAGCCUAAACUGAACCCACUUUUUAAAGAUCUAACCCCCGAGAUGGGUUUCUACACAUCCAAAGAUUUUCUACCAAAAGUAGCAAAAGCUAGCAAACCCGGAGUUUGCCUUUGUAAAGCUACUCUACCAAGUCUAAAAGGAACUGUCAUUGUUUUGGGAGCAGGAGAUACUGCUUUUGAUUGUGCAACUUCUGCUUUGAGAUGUGGGGCUAAAAAAGUGUUUGUCGUUUUUCGAAGAGGAUUUACUAAUAUUCGAGCUGUUCCAGAGGAGGUAAGUUUAGCCGUUGAAGAAAAAUGUGAGUUAGUUGGUUUCUUGUCACCUCAUAAAGUCAAUGUUAAAGAGGGUAAAAUCGUAUCUGUGACGUUUAGUAGAACAGAACAGGACAAAAAUGGUAAAUGGGUGCAAGACAGUGAACAGUUGACUACAGUUAAAGCAAAUUACCUGAUUUCUGCUUUUGGCUCAGGAUUAGAAGAUCCAGAUGUUGUUGAAGCUUUAAAACCUUUGAAAUUCACCGAUCAAAACUUACCGAGUGUUGAUCUUAAUACAAUGCAAAGCUCGCAUGCUUCUGUUUGGGUGGGAGGAGACUUAGCAGGUGUUGCAGAAACUACAGUGGAAGCAGUCAAUGACGGAAAAACAGCAGCUUGGUAUAUGCACUGUUUCUUAGAAGGUUUACCUUUGACAACAACACCAAAACUUCCGUUAUUUUACACUGAAAUUGACAAUGUUGAUAUAUCAGUUGAAAUGUGUGGACUUAAGUUUGAAAAUCCAUUUGGACUUGCUUCAGCACCACCAGCUACAACUACAGCCAUGAUAAGGAGAGCCUUUGAACAAGGGUGGGCUUACACAGUCACUAAAACCUUUGCUUUGGACAAAGAUUUAGUCACUAAUGUUUCACCAAGAAUUGUUAGAGGUACCACUGCGGGCCAUAAUUAUGGGCCUCAGCAAGGUUCCUUCCUGAAUAUAGAAUUGAUAUCAGAAAAGUGUGCAGCUUAUUGGUUGAAAGGCAUCCAAGAACUGAAAGCAGAUUUUCCGACCAAGAUAAUAAUUGCAAGCAUUAUGUGCUCUUACAAUGAGCAAGAUUGGAAAACACUUUCUAAAAUGGCCCAAGACGCAGGCGCUGAUGCCCUCGAGUUAAACUUGAGUUGUCCUCACGGCAUGGGUGAAUCAGGAAUGGGUCUAGCUUGUGGCCAAAAACCUGAAUUGGUUAAAGGCAUUUCCGAGUGGGUCAAAGCCACGGUUAAAAUCCCAUUCUUUAUUAAAUUAACCCCCAACAUCACCAACAUUGUCGAUAUUGCCACAGCAGCGUACGAAGGAGGCGCCGAUGGUGUAGCCGCUAUCAAUACAGUUUCGGGAUUAAUGGGAUUAAGCGCAAACGGUACGCCAUGGCCAGCAGUCGGUUUAGAUAAACGCACCACUUAUGGAGGUGUUAGUGGGAAUGCGACAAGACCUAUGGGAUUACGAGCGGUUUCUGCGGUCGCAAACGCUUUAUCGGGAUUCUCUAUUAUGGGGAUUGGCGGGAUUGAUUCGGCAGAUGUUGCCUGGCAGUAUCUACAAGCUGGAGCCUCGGUAGUGCAAGUUUGUAGUGCCAUACAAAACCAGGAUUUUACAUUGAUUGAUGAUUAUUGCACUGGAUUGAAAGCAUUGUUAUAUCUGGAUGGGCGGUUGCCGAGGUGGGAUGGACAAAGUCCGCCGACGUUUAAACAUCAAAAAGGAAAACCAGUUAUUUCUAUACGCAACGAAGAUAGUAAAGCUUUGCCCCAUUUCGGGCCAUACCUUAAGCAACGAGAAGAAAAAUUGAAGAAUUUGAAGCGAGAAACUAUUUUGCACCACAAUGGACGCGAGAAUGGGUACCCAACAAAUGGUGUACAGGUACCAUCAAAAGUACCAAAAAUUAAUGAAAUGAUAGGACGAGCUUUACCGAGAAUUGGGGCGUACAAAAAGUUAGAUAAUACGAAACAAGUCGUAGCGUUGAUUGAUGAUGAUAUGUGUAUCAACUGUGGCAAAUGUUACAUGACUUGUAACGAUUCUGGUUAUCAAGCUAUUAAUUUUGAUCCAAACACACAUAUUCCAACAGUGACCGAUGAUUGUACUGGUUGCACUUUGUGCCUAUCUGUUUGUCCAAUUAUCGACUGCAUUACUAUGGUACCGAAAACUAUUCCACAUGUUAUCAAGAGAGGACAAUCAGUGAAACUCGUUCAUGCCCUUGAUACCCUAGCAUAACUAUUAUUUUUAAGUGUUACUUAAUUGUUAUUUGGUGGUUUGGUUAUUAAUACAAAAAAUAAAGACAAUAAUAAUGUUU